GAGGGAGCGAGGGAGCGAAGGAGGUAGAGAGGAGCGGCGGGCGAGGGGAGGGGGUGCAGCUUGGUUGCUCCGUAGUACGGCGGCUCGCGAGGGAGAAUCCCGAGCGGGCUCCGGGACCAACGGAGAGGCAGGCGGGGAUGGUGAGCGGGGCUGCGGCUCGUCCGUGCCUGCCCGCCGCGUGUGGGCUACACUGAUUGCCCCGGCGCGGCCGCGGGGAUCCGCCUGGAGAUGAGGCGUCCGUUAGCAAGAUCAAAGUAACAGAAUCAUGGCUCAGUUUCCAACGCCUUUUGGUGGCAGCCUGGAUAUCUGGGCCAUAACUGUCGAGGAGAGAGUGAAGCAUGAUCAACAGUUCCAUAGUUUAAAGCCCAUCUCUGGAUUUAUUACUGGUGAUCAAGCUAGAAACUUUUUUUUUCAAUCUGGGUUACCUCAACCUGUUUUAGCACAGAUAUGGGCGCUAGCUGACAUGAAUAACGAUGGCAGAAUGGAUCAAGUGGAGUUCUCCAUAGCUAUGAAACUGAUCAAGCUGAAGCUGCAGGGCUAUCAGCUCCCCUCUGCACUUCCCCCCGUCAUGAAGCAGCAGCCUGUCACGAUAUCUAGUGCACCCGCGUUUGGAAUUGGAGGUAUCGCCAGCAUGCCACCCCUCACAGCUGUCGCUCCAGUGCCAAUGGGAUCCAUCCCAGUUGUGGGGAUGUCUCCACCCCUGGUAUCUUCUGUACCUCCAGCAGCAGUACCUCCCCUGGCCAACGGUGCCCCACCUGUUAUACAGCCUCUGCCUGCGUUUGCUCACGCUGCAGCCACAUUGCCAAAGAGUUCUUCCUUCAGUCGAUCUGGCCCAGGGUCACAGUUAAACACUAAAUUACAGAAGGCACAAUCGUUUGACGUGGCUAGUGCCCCUCCAGUGGCAGAAUGGGCUGUUCCUCAGUCAUCGAGACUGAAAUACAGGCAGUUAUUCAACAGUCACGACAAAACCAUGAGUGGACACUUAACAGGUCCCCAAGCAAGAACUAUUCUUAUGCAAUCGAGUUUACCACAGGCCCAGCUGGCUUCAAUAUGGAAUCUUUCCGACAUUGAUCAGGAUGGAAAACUCACAGCAGAAGAAUUCAUCCUGGCUAUGCACCUGAUUGACGUAGCAAUGUCUGGCCAGCCGCUGCCACCUGUUUUGCCUGCAGAGUACAUCCCACCUUCCUUUAGGAGGGCUCGUUCAGGCAGCGGCAUAUCUGCUGUCAGCUCGUCCUCUGUAGACCAGCGGUUCCCAGAGGAGCCCGUGUUAGAAGACGAGCAGCAACAGCUUGAAAAGAAAUUACCGGUAACAUUUGAAGAUAAGAAGCGUGAGAAUUUUGAACGUGGCAAUCUGGAACUGGAGAAGCGAAGGCAAGCCCUCUUGGAACAGCAGCGCAAAGAGCAAGAGCGCUUGGCACAGCUAGAACGGGCAGAGCAGGAAAGGAAAGAGCGGGAGCGCCAGGAACAGGAACGCAAAAGACAGCUGGAGUUGGAGAAGCAGCUGGAAAAGCAGCGGGAGCUGGAACGUCAGAGAGAGGAGGAGAGGAGGAAAGAAAUCGAGAGACGGGAGGCUGCAAAACGUGAACUUGAAAGGCAGCGACAACUUGAGUGGGAGCGCAAUCGACGGCAAGAGCUACUCAAUCAAAGGAACAGAGAACAAGAGGACAUAGUUGUCCUGAAAGCAAAGAAAAAGACUUUGGAAUUUGAAUUAGAAGCACUAAACGAUAAAAAGCAUCAACUAGAAGGCAAACUUCAGGACAUCAGAUGUCGGUUGACCACCCAAAGGCAAGAAAUCGAGAGCACAAACAAAUCUAGGGAGCUGAGGAUUGCAGAAAUCACACACCUGCAGCAGCAGUUACAGGAAUCUCAGCAAAUGCUUGGAAGGCUUAUUCCGGAAAAACAGAUACUCAAUGACCAACUAAAGCAAGUUCAGCAGAACAGUUUGCACAGAGAUUCACUUCUUACAGUCAAAAGAGCCUUAGAAGCAAAAGAACUAGCUCGGCAGCAGCUCCGAGACCAGCUGGAUGAGGUUGAGAAAGAAACAAGAGCGAAGCUGCAGGAGAUUGAUAUUUUCAACAAUCAGCUGAAGGAACUAAGAGAAAUACAUAACAAACAGCAGCUCCAGAAGCAAAAGUCCAUAGAGGCUGAACGCCUGAAGCAGAAAGAACAAGAGCGAAAGAUCCUAGAAUUAGAAAAACAGAAAGAGGAAGCCCAAAGACGAGCUCAGGAAAGGGGCAAGCAGCGGCUGGAGCCCAUGCAGCGGGAGGACGAGCACCAGCGGCCGAGGAAACUCCAUGAUGAAGAGAGACUGAAGAGGGACGAGUGUGUCAAAAAGAAGGACAUGGAGGACAAAGGCAGACCAGAGGUGCAGGACAAGCUGACUCGGCUGUUCCUUCAGCACCCAGAGCCGGCGAAGGCAGCUGUCCAAGCACCCUGGUCCACCGCAGAAAAAGGCCCGCUUACAAUUUCCGCCCAGGAGAACGUGAAAGUGGUGUAUUACCGAGCCUUAUACCCCUUUGAAUCCAGAAGCCAUGAUGAAAUCACCAUUCAGCCGGGGGACAUAGUCAUGGUUAAAGGGGAAUGGGUGGACGAGAGCCAAACGGGAGAGCCUGGAUGGCUCGGAGGAGAGCUCAAAGGGAAGACGGGAUGGUUCCCCGCAAACUACGCAGAGAAAAUCUCAGAAAACGAGGUUCCCGCCCCAGCCAAACCAGCCACCGGCCCAGCAUCCGCCCCUGCGCCCAAACUGGCGUUGCGAGAGACCCCCGCCCCCUUUGCAGGGCCCGCCUCUGAGCCCUCCACGACCCCCAACAACUGGGCCGACUUCAGUUCCACGUGGCCCACCAGCACGAGCGAGAAGCCAGAAACGGAUAACUGGGACGCAUGGGCAGCCCAGCCCUCGCUCACCGUCCCGAGCACCGGCCAGUUAAGGCAGAGGUCGGCCUUUACUCCGGCCACGGCCACGGGCUCCUCUCCGUCUCCUGUGUUAGGCCAGGGUGAAAAGGUGGAGGGGCUGCAGGCACAAGCGCUGUAUCCUUGGAGAGCCAAAAAAGACAACCAUUUAAAUUUUAACAAAAACGACGUCAUCACUGUCCUGGAACAGCAAGACAUGUGGUGGUUUGGAGAAGUCCAAGGCCAGAAGGGCUGGUUCCCCAAGUCAUACGUGAAGCUCAUUUCGGGGCCCGUCAGGAGAUCCACAAGCACGGAGUCUGCUUCUCCAGAAAGCCCACGUCUGAAGCGAGUAGCUUCACCAGCAGCCAAGCCAGCCGCUUUGGGAGAAGAAUUUAUUGCCAUGUACACUUACGAGAGUUCUGAGCAAGGAGAUCUAACCUUUCAGCAAGGGGAUGUGAUUCUGGUUACCAAGAAAGAUGGUGACUGGUGGACAGGAACAGUGGACGACAGAUCCGGAGUCUUCCCUUCCAACUAUGUGAGGCUUAAAGAUUCAGAGGGCUCUGGAACCACGGGGAAAACAGGGAGUUUAGGAAAAAAACCUGAAAUUGCCCAGGUUAUUGCCUCAUACACGGCUACCGGCCCUGAGCAGCUCACCCUGGCCCCGGGUCAACUGAUUUUGAUCCGAAAAAAGAACCCAGGAGGAUGGUGGGAAGGAGAGCUGCAGGCACGUGGGAAAAAGCGCCAGAUAGGCUGGUUUCCAGCUAAUUAUGUAAAACUUUUAAGCCCUGGGACGAGCAAAAUUACUCCAACAGACCCACCAAAGUCCACGGCAGUACCUGCAGUGUGCCAGGUGAUCGGGAUGUACGACUACGCGGCGCAGAACGACGACGAGCUGGCCUUCAACAAGGGCCAGAUCAUCAACGUCCUCAACAAGGAGGACCCCGACUGGUGGAAAGGAGAAGUCAGCGGACAAGUGGGGCUCUUCCCAUCCAAUUAUGUGAAGCUGACCACAGACAUGGACCCCAGCCAGCAAUGGUGUUCAGACUUACAUCUCUUGGAUAUGUUGACCCCAACAGAAAGAAAGCGACAAGGGUACAUCCACGAACUCAUUGUCACAGAGGAGAACUACGUCAAUGACCUGCAGCUGGUCACAGAGAUCUUUCAGAAACCCCUGAUGGACUCUGAACUGCUGACAGAAAAAGAGGUGGCUAUGAUUUUUGUUAACUGGAAGGAGCUGAUUAUGUGUAAUAUCAAACUACUGAAGGCACUGAGGGUCCGCAAGAAGAUGUCUGGGGAGAAAAUGCCCGUGAAGAUGAUUGGAGACAUCCUGAGCGCCCAGCUGCCGCACAUGCAGCCAUACAUCCGCUUCUGCAGCUGCCAGCUCAAUGGCGCGGCCCUGAUCCAGCAGAAGACAGACGAGGCCCCAGACUUCAAGGAUUUUGUCAAAAGGUUGGCAAUGGACCCUCGAUGUAAAGGGAUGCCGCUCUCUAGCUUCAUACUGAAGCCCAUGCAGCGAGUGACAAGAUACCCACUGAUCAUUAAAAACAUCCUGGAAAACACUCCUGAAAACCAUCCCGACUACAGCCACUUGAAACACGCCCUGGAAAAGGCAGAAGAGCUGUGUUCCCAGGUGAAUGAAGGAGUGCGCGAGAAGGAGAACUCUGACCGGCUGGAGUGGAUCCAAGCCCAUGUGCAGUGUGAAGGCCUGUCUGAGCAACUUGUGUUCAAUUCAGUGACCAAUUGCUUGGGCCCACGCAAGUUCCUGCACGGUGGGAAACUCUACAAAGCCAAGAGCAGCAAGGAACUGUAUGGCUUUCUCUUCAACGACUUCCUCCUGCUGACCCAGAUCAUAAAGCCCCUGGGGUCUUCUGGCACCGACAAGGUCUUCAGCCCCAAAUCUAACCUGCAGUAUAAAAUGUACAAAACACCUAUUUUCCUAAACGAGGUUCUAGUGAAGUUACCCACUGACCCUUCUGGAGAUGAGCCUAUCUUCCACAUUUCCCACAUCGACAGAGUCUACACCCUCCGUGCAGAAAGCAUAAACGAAAGGACUGCUUGGGUGCAGAAAAUCAAAGCUGCUUCUGAACUCUACAUAGAGACGGAGAAAAAGAAGCGAGAGAAGGCGUACCUUGUCCGUUCCCAAAGGGCGACAGGUAUCGGAAGGUUGAUGGUGAACGUCGUGGAAGGCAUUGAGUUGAAGCCCUGUCGCUCCCACGGAAAGAGCAACCCUUACUGCGAGGUGACCAUGGGUUCCCAGUGUCACAUCACCAAGACCAUCCAGGACACGCUGAAUCCCAAGUGGAACUCCAACUGCCAGUUCUUCAUCAGAGACCUGGAGCAGGAAGUUCUCUGCAUCACCGUGUUUGAGAGAGAUCAGUUCUCCCCCGACGAUUUUUUGGGUCGGACAGAGAUCCGAGUGGCCGACAUCAAAAGAGAUCAGGGUUCCAAGGGCCCGGUUACGAAGUGUCUCCUGCUCCACGAGGUUCCGACAGGAGAGAUUGUGGUCCGCUUGGACCUGCAGCUGUUUGACGAACCAUAGGGAGUGUCUCAGUGGAGUUCCAGCUCAAGGCAGCAGAUGCUGUCUGGAAAUCGCGUUCCUUUUCUGAGAAACUCCUGGUUGGUAUUCAGCCCCAGGGCAGUGGGACAGUGAAGACAGGCUCUCAGUGCUUCUAGGAAUAGUCCUUGACAAUCCUUCCCCCAAAACCAUUUCCCAUUUUAUGGAACAAAAACUGUGCUUUCCUUUGUCAGUCCGCCAUGGGUCCGAGGGUCUCUGAAAUCCCCUCCCUUCCCCGGGUUUGGAUGGGAGUCUGCCCCAUCUCCAGCCUUGAGGCAUGGGUCUGGUUGUCCUAAAAUAGGUUUAUAAAUGCAAUGUCUGUAUUUUUUGAGAACUCAUGUAACCUUCCUAUUUCUUAUCUCUACCUGCCCCCUAGGCGCCUUCACUUACAAUGCCUAGUCUUGGUGUGUUUAGAAACCAGUUAUUAUGGGCUUAUUGUGGUUCAGGUUCCUAUUUCCCCAGAAAGGCUCUGGGGGGCCUUAUUUGAAAUGCUGUCUUGGAUCUGAUGGCUUGUUGCGGUGGCCUCCUGAUCAGGCACCAAGUUAGCUCUUUGAAGAGCUGGUCCAUGGAAAAUUCCAGCAGGUGUGCUGUUAAAGCCAUUCCAUUCCCCUCUAGGCCUGGUAUCAAUUGACGUUCAUGAACACGCACUGGCACGCUCCUGGGCGAUUCAGUCCUGAUUCUCAGCGUGCUUGGAAGGCGGUCGAGGAAGCGCGUUACCUACAGAGUCACACUCUGCUGGAUUAGACCAGGCGGGUCACCAGAAAGGCUACUUCACAACGUCACUGGGUUGAGGUCGCCAACCGUGUCGGAAAAUUCUGUUUUGGCUUGGAGGCCCUCUGAUGUUUUAUGACAAGAGUAGUUGUUGGUGGCCAGCUGUGAGCCAUUCUGUGCUUGAAUGUGCCGGAUCCUGAAUGUCGCAAGAAACUCCUGCAGCUGUGCUUGGUAUGCUCCCAGAAAGGCAUGUCCUGGAUCCAGGCUUCUCCUCCAAACUGUAAAAAGGAAAAAUGACUAGGAACACAAUCUGGAGGUGGAGUGGAAAGACGUGAAGGAAAUCUGUUGUGUGGUGGGGAGAAGACCUUAGGAGCACCCAAGUCCUGAAGUCUAGAGAAGAAGAUCCAAGACCCUUUCCCAUAGUCAUCCUUAGACACCCAAACUCUCAGUAAUGGAAAUAAAUACUUGUGCCAGAGACAGGAGUGUCUGACCACGUGCCAAGCUGUUUGGUCUCUUUAUUUUCCCCUUACAUCCGAGGAGAUAGGCUGAUAAUUAGAUAAUAACUUGAUUGGCUCAUGAAAAGUGUAAGCUGUGUUUAGUUUGCAUGUUAAUGUUCUCAUAAUCCCAGCUCGCUGUGGUCAUGAAAUGUUCUUUGCCUGUUCUCUUGGUACUGGAGUCUAGUUUUCCUGUGUUGGGUGGUGUUCUCUUUGACUGUAGGUCCUUAGAAGUUAAUUAGGGUAGUGGAAGCGCUUUAUAAAUGAUAGCAUCAGCAUAGUGGAAGAGUCCCCACCUUGCUGGGAACUGAAUGCGUAGUGUUAUGAUUUCCCAUAAGAGCCCUGUCAUAUUUAAAAUAAUUUUUAAAAAGCAUAUGUUGGAAGGACAACAAAGUUUACAUUUCAUACUUUUAAGAAACACUUUAUUAUUUAUUUAUUGAAGAUAGUAUAGAAUUUUGUAUCAGGAACAACAGGCAUAAGUAUUUUUUGAAACAAGCAGAUAUACCCUUUAGUUAGAAACUUUCGACUGAAUGUGUUAUAGACCAAGUUUAACUUCAGGCAUGCAUUUGUUUACCACGUCUCAGCAGGAAACAGGGUUAAAAUAAUUUAAGUUUAUAUUUUUUGAUGUUGUUAAGAAAUGGUUUUAAAUUAAAUCUAUACAUAGACUUAUAACUCAUGCUGUCCUAUUUCUAUAACCAGUGCAGUUCGUCAGUGUAUUUAUGAAGGAGAUGGUCCUGUGCUAGGAAAAAAUAGUAUUAAAUAUAUAAAU